CUAGAUAUCCGCCAUCACUGGUACGAGCACAGCGAUCUCAAUGCUCGUGUGUUGUCCAAAGAGCUGCUGAUCAAUCAACGAUUUGCUCAAAUUGACCUGAUAUAUCCCGAUAUAGACAUGGAGGUCGCUCUUGGAGGACGAGAAAAACCGCGUAUAAGGGUACCACGGAAUUUGCAACCAGAUGAAAUAUACUUCGAUAAUCAGGGUGCAGCUACGUCAGCUUUUUGA